UAAGCCUAGUUGAUGUUGAUGAUAGAGAACAUUCCCAAGUGCCCCCCCAGCUCCAUAUAUAAAUGCAGCUCCAUGAUCAUUAAGGAAAAUUAUUCAAGCCAAUUUUACCUGCACUCCAUUUUUAUCUACCUCUUAAGCUAAUACAGCUUAUAGCUUUGCUCUCUCUCCACAAAUCCUCUCUUUGUUUCUGUUUCUGCUUUGAUCAAGCUCACAAAUCUUGGGUUUAGGGCUAAAUUCAAAUGGGAAUUCAGGAGCCGAUAAUUCGAAGCUAUGAUGGGGUGGCUGACAGAGGCAGAGUGGAAGAUCUCGAACGAAGAUGCGAAGUAGGGCCAUCUGAGCGUGUGUUCCUCUUCACAGAUACGAUGGGUGACCCCAUAUGUAGAAUCCGAAACAGUCCGAUGCACAAGAUGCUGGUGGCCGAGCUGGACAACCAAUUGGUCGGGGUCAUCCAAGGCUCUAUAAAGUUGGUCACAUUUCAUCCCAACAAGCCACCACCUAAAGAUCAAGCCAAGGUAGGCUACCUCUUAGGCCUGAGGGUCUCGCCGCUGUACAGAAGAAAAGGGAUUGGUUCGAGCCUCGUGCGUCGAUUAGAAGAAUGGUUCGUUUGCAAUGAUGUAGAUUAUGCAUACAUGGCCACGGAGAAAGAUAACCAGGCCUCAGCCGGGCUUUUCAUGAACAAAUUUGGCUACAUCAAGUUCAGGACCCCGGCUAUUCUUGUGAACCCGGUUCGCUACAGGCCGUGUCGGGUGUCUUCGGGUGUCGAAAUUGCAAAGCUGAGGAUUGAGGAAGCUGAGUAUCUGUACAGAAAGUGUAUGGCUUCCACUGAGUUUUUUUCACAUGACAUAGAUAAAGUGCUUGGAAAUAAGCUGAGUUUGGGGACUUGGGUGGCUUAUCCAAGAGGAGAUGGGUUGAGGGUUGGAGAUUUUGGGUCAAAUGGUGAUGAGAUGGUGCCUAGCAAUUGGGCCAUGCUUAGUGUAUGGAACAGUGGGGAGCUUUUUAACCUGAGGCUAGGGAAAGCACCCUUAUCUUGCUUCAUGUAUGCAAAAAGUUGGAAAUUGAUGGAUAGGUUUUUACCCUGCUUUAAAUUACUGCCUUCCAUGCCUGAUUUUUUUACCCCUUUUGGGUUUUACUUCAUGUAUGGCUUGCACCAUGAAGGACCCUUGUCAGGGAAAUUGGUGAGGAAUUUGUGCCAGUUUGUGCACAACAUGGCUGCUAAUAGUUCAGAGUAUAGCUCUAAGAAUUGCAAGGUUGUAGUGACAGAAGUUGGGGGCUGUGAUCCAGUGAAACAUUACAUACCACAUUGGAAAUUGCUCUCUUGUUCUGAAGAUUUGUGGUGCAUAAAACCCUUGAAAAAUGAUAGCCUCCAUGAACUGACAAAAACCCACCCAACAAAAUCUCUUUUUGUAGACCCCAGAGAGGUAUGAAAUGAAAUAUGAACCCAAAACCUCCUGUCCUGGGUAGUUUUGAUGACCUGAAUUUCUUUGACCCUUUUGCAGCCUAGCUCUAAUUGAGAGAAGAACCCAAACCUUAACCCCACCUCAUAUUGUUUGCUUUGAUAACUCUACCCCAACAAUGUUCCAAUUCAUGACCACCUCUCUCUCUCUCUCUCUCUCUCUCUCUCUCUCUCUCUCUCUUAAGGGUUGAGGAUUUUAUUUUCUCUUGUUCCUUUCACAUCGGUGACACAAAAUCUCGAAAGAUUUCCUUAAUUAGGUGCCACCAUCGGCAUCCUUGUGGUUAUUUUGUGAUUUUGAUCCUGGGCUACGCGAUUCAGACGAAUCAGUUUGGCCGUGGUCCAAGUUUUGUACCCAUCCCCCUCUCUUAUGAGGUAAAGAUUUUAGCUGGACCCUCCAAUGCUUUUAGUCCCGUCACAUUCAAGAUGGACACGCUAACGUGCCAUUGUACAAAAUUUGGAGAACUCAAUUCAGAACCCCAUUUAAAUGAAAGAGCUAUUUGCACACUCUCUGCACUACCAGUACACAUGACAAGAUGGUUGCAUAUAUGAAACAAAACAAUAAUACAAUACGAUCUAUACUUGGGUCAGUCCCCUACCUGCUAGUUGGCAACUCCCUAUCAUUGAUGCAUGCGCGUGAACGAUUGUUCUUAGCGUUUCUAUACAGUUAUACAAGACUACUUGAAAUUUCGGCUCGUUUUCCAUCCUUUCUUUUGGGGCAUUGUCUUUAGCCAAAUGUGGGACCCUACCAAUUCACAUCCCUCUCGUUUUUCGUGGGAAAAAAAACAAAGUUUGUUAAGGUUUCAAGUCAUUAGUCGUGGUCCUGACUAAGAUUAGAUAAAACAGCGUUAGUUAAGUGUCUUCGUGUUCUUAUCUCUUGCCAAACAUUGAAUUAAAGGCUCUUUGGUU